AUGCUUCAGACAUCACCGGAUUUCUUAUCAACACCCCUAAUAAUUCCAGUUGAAGCAAUAUUAAAUGUUAUUGGUCGUAAUUAUGAUGAACAAAUUAAUUUAACAUCAAGAUAUAAUCAGAGACGAAUUCCGAUUAUUGAUGGUCAAACCCGUAUAUAUCAAACAAAUUCAAAUUUAUAUCAUAAAUUAAAUGAUCGAAUACGUGUGAGUCGGCCGGACCAAGUUUGCGCAUAUUCACCUCAAAAACCAUUUGUACAUUCAACAAAUGGUAAAAAUCCCAAUUAUUAUGGUAUGCGUACAAUUAUAUUUGGUCGAAAUAAUAAAAUUGAUUACAAUAACAAUACAAAUGAACAACUGCCAACCACUCCACUCGAUUUUACACACGAAGAAUUUAAUAAUGAUUCAUUAUCAGCAACACCAAUAAUUACUGAUCCUCCUAUAUCUAUUACACCUACGGUUUAUAUAGCCGAACAUCAUGAUUCAACAACUUCUGCUACUUUAAAACAUUUUCAUGAAUUCAAUCAGCAAAAUUCAAUGGAAAAAAAAGAUUCCGAUAAACAACUGAGACGAACAAAUAUACCACGUAAAUAUCGUUAUGCUAAUCUAGAAGCAACAAAAUUUUUAAUAUGCACAUACUGUCAACUCCAAUUUAAAACUAAAACACAAUUAUAUUGUCAUACAGCUAAAUGUCAAUAUGAAACAUCAAUAAAAAUGAACAAAACUCAGAAUACAAUAACAAAAAAUGCUCAACUUUCUCAAGAUAUUCGACAAAAAAACUCGACACAUUUUUCUGAAAUAUAUUCAAACAAUGAAUCAACAUCAAGUAUUACCAUGCUUAAGAAAUUUGAUAAACAAGAACAAUUAUCAACAUUUGUUAUACAAUCAUCAUCGUUAGAAAAUAACUCGUUUGAAAUGAAAACUGAGAACACAAACAAUGAUAACAAUGACGUUAAGAUGAAAAAUAAAUUAUCAUCAAAAAUGACAACAUUAGAUGAACAACAAAAAUUGAUUAUAAUUAAACCGCGAUUAAAACGUAAAAAAUCAUUUGAAAAAUAUAGUAGUGAUAAAUAUUAUAUAUCAUCCGAUUAUUCAAAGACUCGAAUUAAAUUUAGUAAGGAUAAAGUAUAUGACGUUAAAAAACAAACAACACGAAGAACAAAGAAGAAUAUAAAUCCUCAGAAUAGUCAAGAUGAUAGUGCAAAACAAAAAUCAGCAGAUGUGUGCGAUAUAUGUCGUGAUCUGAAAGAUAAGAACACAAUGGAUUCUCUAACUGAUGAAUUAGUUAUAUAUUCGUGGCAAUGUCUCGAAUGUAAAUUAUGUUUGGUCUGUGGUAAUUCAGAAAAUGAUGAAAAAUUAUUAGUUUGUGAUCAGUGUGAUCGUGGUUACCACAUGUACUGUUUGACACCACCGCUUAAUAAAACACCUGAUGGAUAUUGGCAUUGUCAAUUUUGUAUGAAUGACAUCCCUCUAGCCUAUUUUCUAUCAUAUCUAGUUGCUGUACAACUCGGUCAUACAAAAGUUGAAUUUCCAUUCAUCAGCCAAUCAUCAACUGAUUCACCAGAAAGUUGUAUUUUUUCUCAAAUAAUCAAUUUUACAUCAUUUGUCUUGGUAGUAACAAUUUAUAUUCGUCAUCGUCAAAUAUCUCAGUUGAUUCGAAAUAAUCCAACAUGUGGAAAUAAAUAUACUUAUACAAAUCAAGCCUUUCUAAUUUUUGGCAUUUUAACAGCAUUCGGCUUAAGUGUUGUGUCAAAUUUUCCUCAUACAAAUGUUUCUAAUGUACGAUUAGCCGGCGUAUUUUUAAUGUAUAUAUCGAGUAUUUGCUGUCUCUAUUGUGAAAUGUUACUCUCACUAUGGAUUCGUCCAUUACUAUAUUACACAAAUCUAAUACCAAUAUUAAGAGUAAUUAUAUGUAUCAUUGGAACGUUGGCAUUACUUGGAGUGGUCAUAUUUCAAAUGAUAACUAUUGUUAAAUACGAUAAUGACAGAAAAACAUGGUCAUCUAAAGAUCCGGGUUGGACAUAUCAUCUUACGACUACAAUAUGUGCAUGGAUCUUAACAUCUUUAUUACUCUUUUAUAUUUUAACAUUUAUUGUUGAUUUUCGUCGAAUUAAAAUUAUUUCACCAAAAAUAUUUCUUACACAUGAUAUUGUUGAUGUUAUCGAGGAUGUUUAA